AUGGUCACUUCUCAGUUGCUGGCCUAUGCGGCACUUUUCUUUUCCUGUGUCUUCAAAGCCAGCUCUCUCGACACUUUUAUUGCAGCUGUUUAUGAGCAUGCCGUGGUGUUGCCUAAUGCCACCCUAACGCUGGUGUCCAGUGGGGAGGCGUUGGCAUUAAUGAAUCGGAAUCUGGACCUUUUGGAAGGAGCGAUCAUAUCAGCUGCACGACAGGGUGCACAUACUAUUGUGACUCCUGAAGACGGUAUAUAUGGCUGGAACUUCACCAGAGACUCUCUCUACCCAUACUUGGAGGAUAUCCCACAUCCUCAAGUAAACUGGAUCCCCUGUAACAAUCCGAACAGGUUUGGCCACGCUCCAGUACAAGAACGACUCAGCUGUCUGGCCAAGGACAACUCUAUCUACGUUGUGGCAAAUAUUGGGGACAAGAAGCCAUGCAAUGCCAGUGACCCUCAGUGUCCCCGUGAUGGCCGUUACCAAUACAACACUGACGUGGUGUUUGAUUCUCAGGGUAGGCUGGUGGCACGCUACCAUAAGGUUUGCACACUGCUGAAGUGUAAAACGACUGACUUUCACACUUGCGGUGACUCCGUUGCAGUAGCUUCUACCAGGUUUGAAAUGUUCUCCCUCAGUGGCACUUUUGGAACCCCGUAUGUCUUCCCCGAGAUGUUGUUGAGUGAGAUUCGGCUUGCACCUGGAGAAUUUCAGGUGGCCAGUGAUGGACGCUUGUUUAACCUGAAGCCAACAUCCGGACCUGUCUUAACAGUGACUCUGUUUGGGAGGCUGUAUGAGAAGGACUGGCCAUCAAACACGUCAUCAGACCUCUUAGCACAAACACUACAAAUAAUGCUAGCAGUCAUAAUACUUGUUGCAUACUCCUUACGUGGGUAG